AUGAGCGGCAUCUUUGGCGGCAGCGGCGGCACGUCGCUCAUCCCGCCGGGCACAGAGUGGAUCGCCGGCGCCUACGGCCAGCUCCUCGAGAUGGUGGGCCGGGGCGAGUCGCCUUACAGCUUCCUCCAGCAGGUCAUCUUCCUGCUGUACCACCCAAAGGUGCCACGCGGGUUCAGCGUCCAGCUGUGGUUCCUGUUCGGCCUCUUCUGCUUCGCGACCAUCGUCAUCCUUCUCGGCCUGAGCCUGCGCCUUGCGCAAGGUCGUUUCUGGGUCUUCGCUCGGAUCGACGGGACUCUCGUCAUGCCCAACACGGCGACGCUGUACGGCCUGUGCGCUCUCGUCUACCAAGGCAUCGGUCUUUUCCUCAUCGUCCUGUCGGUCGACGUCGCUCAAGGAGCCGAUCAGAAGGCCUACUACCAGGGCCUCAGGCGCAGCUGGUUCGGCGCCAUCUGGUUCGGCGUGUACUUCGAGCUGUGGUCCUGUCUGUGCUCCUGGUAUGUGCGCGCUCGAGGCGCCUACUACAAGCCGUCAAUCUCGAAGCGUGUCCUCGCCAUCGUCGUUCCUCUCGUCCUCCCCGUCGUCGCCUGGGUCCCGCCAGCCAUCCUCUUCACGCGCUCGUCGCAAGACUACAACGCCUCGUUCGAGAUCUCGGAGGACAUCACGGCGACGCUCGGCGCGUGGGGCCAGCAGUACCGAUCGGGCGACAAGCUCGACAUCAGCCAGCUCGCGCAGCUGUUCGUCCCAGGCGCAGAGCUCGGCAACUUUCUCACGGUCGCUGCCCGAGACGCCCGCAUCGGCUACGCGUACGUCGCCGCCGUGCUUCUGUUCACGUUCCUCAUCUACCUCCUCGCCAUCUCGCUCGAGGUCUCGCACCUGUCGGCCACCGUCUCUCAGCUACGUGCGCGUGCCCGUCAAGCCGCCUUCGCUCGUUCGCCCGGCCGGCGCGCCGCCGACAAGCCGCCGUCCGAGAUGCCGCACGGGCCCCUCCCAGAACACGUCCUCGCCCAGCUGGAGGCCGACCAGCUCGACCAAGACGGCCAGAUGCCGUGGGCGCUGCUCGCGUGGGUGCGCCGUAACCGGCUGUACACGGCGGCAUGCAUCGCGACCAUGCUGCUCGUCAACGCGGCGCUCGACUUGUGGCAGGCCGUGACGCCGCUCGACCUGUCGUACCCGAGCGGCCAGUUCCAGGUCGAGAUUCUCGUGUCGUGCUGGUUGAACGGCCUGCUCUCGACUUUGGUCGCCCUUCUCCUCCUGUUCCGCUCCCUCGACGCGACCACCUCGCCCUUCCUCUCUCUCCUACGCUCCCACCUCCCUUUCCUGCCCUUCCCGCCGUCAGUCUCACUGUCGCCCUCGUCCCGCUCGAUCAUCACCUCGGAGCCGCCCCGGUUCGCCUCGGCCUACGCCGCCGCCGGCGUCAUGCCCCUCGUCGAGCGCUCGGCCAUCCACACGCUCCCGAAUACGACCCAGCACGACUUUGACCGCGACCUCGGCGGCCGCGGCGAGCACGAGUACGACGGCGCGCUCGACGGCUCGGUCGACGCCGUCCCGGUCGCGCUCAGCGAGGCGAGCUCGUGGGCCGACGACGACCGCAAGGUGGCACCGCUCGACGUCGAGCAUGGGUGGACGCGCGGGCGUGGGUCGGGAUCGACGGCGCGGGAGCGAGGCGAGACGUGA